GCGUGGCCAGUGAGGCUCUCAGGUUGUGUAGAUAAAACUUAUUGCCCCGUUAAAAGCUCGCGGAGCUCACGCGGACAGUUCGCCUCGGAGAUUGACUGUACGUUCCUCACCAGACAUGGAGGAGAAAGACGAAGAUAUCGGUGCAUUUGAUCCCAGCAUUCCAGAGGAAGGUUCUUCAGCCCCCCCUCCUGGCUGGUUGGACAGUGUAUCAGGCUAUGAGGACCAUCUAGGAGAUUGCACAGAUCAGAUCUGCCCUCCUCCUCCUGAUUUCGUCCCCCAGCCUGAAAAUGACAGGAAUGCGUCCGUCCCUAAAGUGAUGGUGCCUCAGGUGUCCGAAGAUGUGGCCAGAGAGGCUUUGCUCAAGUUUGUGGGGAAAAAGUGGACAUACAGCAGCAAGCCGGCUCAAAACCUAGUCUUCAAGGAUCUGAAGCCAUUUACUGUAUAUCGUUAUCGCUUGGAAACCUUUACUGAGUCCAGAUCAAGUGCCUGGGAGUGUGAGACAUACACCGGGCAGUUUGUGGAUGGGCCCCAGUAUGGCAUGAUUCCCCAACCAUGGCAAGUGGAAGUACAGUAUCCACCCAAAUUCACUGACACGGUUCAGAAAGUACGUGUGCCUCACACCUCAUCUGUAAAGCCUUGUUACCAGUGUCGUGGAAAGGGACGAAUACGCUGUACUCACUGCCACGGCAGAGGACGAAUGCAGUGCAUUUCCUGUCAUGGUUCUGGACACGGUCGCAACAGAAGAUGUGCUGGCUGUCAUGGAGGUGGAAGAAGAGUAUGUACAUGGUGUCAUGGUAGCGGCCAUAGGACUUGCCGGAAAUGUAAUGGGCAUAAAAAGCUCCUGCAUUUCAUUCAGCUCACAGUGACAUGGAAGAACCAAGUGUAUGAGUUCAUACCCGACCAGCAGCCUGAGUUCCCCAUGAAGAAGUUUGAGAAAGUGUCUGGGGAAGCAUUCUUCAUAGAUGAAAGUCUCCUGGUCUAUCCAGUAGAUGGCUUCCCUGAUCAAGAAAUUUGCAAUGCCUCUAAAGAAGCGACCCAGGAGCAUCUACUCAAGUAUUCAGCCUCCAGUCGCAUCUUACAACAGCGACAGACAAUCGAGCUGGUGCCUCUUACUCAUGCCUUUUACUCCUACAAUGGGAAAGACUAUGACUAUUUUGUCUAUGGGACUGAAAAUAAGGUUUACACCAGUAAAUAUCCGACUUCCUGCUCUAUACUGUAACAUUGACAUUAUAUCUGUGUUGGAUGGGAAUUCCACCAAUUCUUCAAGUACGAUCAAAACAUUAACAUGUAAACAAAGUCAUUUAGAGUGGUUUGAUGUGAAAUGCACAGUCAGAAUUGCUUGCCAUGGUGGUGAUAGGAUAGCACUUCAUCCAAAAGUUAUGAAAUGUUUAUGAAUAUGUCUUAAAACAUACUUUUAAAAUCCAUUUUUGUUGGAAAGAUACACAUAUGGCUUUGUAUGCUAAAAAAAAGUCCCCCAAAAACCUGCUUUUUCAGUUGUACUACUACUUUUUCAUUAUUAAGGUUACAUAUGAAAACACGAGUAGGUUCAUUGUUUUAUUUAGUGAAUAAGAUGACUUGAUUUGUGUUGGAGACAUCAUGAUUCUGGUUCCCAUCGCUACCACUAUAAAGAAACCUGUACAUUUUUGUACAAUGCAUCAUCUCAUAUCAAACGACAAUGACUCGCUGUGUUUACAUCCCAAAUGCUGAAUUAUGCAGAUUUUUUUUUAAUUGGUGGAAUUCCCUGUUAAACCAUAUGGUUCACCAAAAAAAUCUAAUGUACACAAAUUUUCUCUUACUUCAGACGUAAUUGAUUGGUCAAAACGUGGCUGUUGUCAGAGGUUUGGUUCUGUAUUUUUACACUUGAGCUGAGAGGCUGAAGUUGCUAAAAAGUGAUGGAAUUCUCUGUCACCCAAAUGUAACUCCAGUGCAGCUGACUGAUCGAGUGUGUUUUGGGGGAAGUGGAAAAUUGGGUAAAACUGUUUUUUUGGGUCAUUUUUUGGCCAUUCUGUUAUAAUGUGAUUUUAUUCAUGCUGUAUUUUAUAUGAACAGAUUUUAUAGAGGACUGUAACACUGUGUAUCACAGGGGCUAUAAUAAUAAACCAGAAUAGAUUUAUAAAACCAAUAAAGUCUCAUUACCUGCAUCACAGUAUUACAGCUUUGCCAUACAAUAUGUUUUUUCUUUGCCGGUUUUAUUUUGUUCUUGCCAAUUGUGUAUGUAUUGAUGCUGUUUGGGAUUUAUUUUGGUGUGUGUGUGUGUGUGUGUGUGUGUGUGUGUGUGUGUGUGUGUGUGUGUGUGUGUGUGUGUGCGUGUGUUUGUGUAAUUUAUAUACUCUGUAUCUGUUACAUACAAAUAUUUGUAUAUUUAACAGAUAUGUAUUCAUUUAUUUCUGUAUUAUUUUCUCUUAUAUGCAUUUACACAAGAAUUACAUUCUGUCUCUGAAUAUAUAAAACAAACUAAUAUAACUAAAAUAAUGAUUUUAUUGAUUUUUUUGGUUGUGGCGUCUUAUUAUUUUAAGAAGACAUUUGUGUAAACCAAAAGCCUUUUUUUCAGUCAUCAUUGAAUUUUUUUAACCGUUCGAUGAUAUCUCCCACAACCUCUUGUUCCAUUGCGUGAAUGUGUCUUAUUACAGUGAUUUCAGUGAUGUUUGUAAGGCUGAGACCAAAGUCCCUGCAAGGGAGCCACAGGAUUUUAAUGAAUGCAGAAUAAAAUUCAAGAAUUUGUGAAGUUG